AUGCCUCUCUCUCCCUCUGGCAAUACGCUGGCCUUGAAGCGCAAGUUGCAACAAGCGGGGCCUGCGACAAAGCGACAUCAUCUCCAAGGCUACGACCCGCAGGCCCCAUGGCUAUCAGAGACCAAACCGCCAAGUGGCUGGCGUACGCUUGGCGACCAGGCUCUUCAGAACUCGUUGCCCAUAGCCAAUAUGGUCUCCGCCGUUCAGGAUCUAAUCGAUCCGGAUUUUGAUCCGUUGACUGCCCUGUUAGACGAGGAGCCCCGGUUUUUGAAGCCACUGCCAGAUCGCAUAUGCUCUGAAGACCUCGAAUUCUUGCGCUUUCGUGGUGCGCUGUCCAUUCCAGAGACUGGUCUGCGCAAUGAGCUGCUGCGGUCGUACAUUCAAUGGGUGCACAGUUUCUUGCCCGUGUUGAAUCUACAAGAGUUUCUACGAUGCGUGGCGGAGAAUGAUCCAAAUGGAAACGUCAGCGUUCUUCUUUUUCAGGCGGUUAUGUUUGUUGGGACGGCUUUUAUCGACCUGAAGCACUUGCAAGCCGCAGGGUACUCGACAAGGAAAAGUGCACGCAAUGCCUUUUUCACUCGAUUAAGACUUCUUUACUCCUUUGAAUGCGAAGACGAUCGUAUUGUUAUUGUCCAAUCCCUGUUAUUGAUGACCUACUGGUCCGACCCCGAAAACAGCCCACAGCGGGAUAUCUGGGAUUGGAUUGGAGUGUGCAAUACGCAAGCUCACUCUAUCGGUCUAAACACCGACCCUGUCUCGAGCGAUAUGGAUAGUCGGACUCGACGAUUACGAAGCCGUCUAUGGUGGUGCCUGUACUCCCGAGACCGUUUGAUCGCCAUGGGAAUGCGACGCCCACUACAAGUGAACGAGGGGACAAGCAACGUGCCAUUGCCUAAGUUGGAGGAUUUUGACUUUGAGCCGUUCUCCCCUUCUGCGGUGGCUCUCUUCCGCUGUCGACAACUGGAAGAUGUGUCGCAUCAGAAGCGCCUGGCCACCAUGUUCAUCGAGAAAGCGAAGCUUUGCCAGUGCAUUGGUCGGGUACUUUUUGCGCAGUAUGCACCAUCACAGCGUCAGUUCGGUGCCACUGACCGCACCACUGUAACUUUGAUUCCUCGACAAGCCUCCGAGUCCGAGUUCAUACGAUGCACUCAAAAACUAGACUCGUGGCUGAGUGGUCUUCCGAAAGAUGCCCAAUUUAUCCCGCAAUCAAAAAUCAAUUUCGGCGAUGGCGAGGAUGUGCUACUUCUCCACGGCGCUAUGCUUCGCAUGCUAUUCCAUGCAACCACAAGCGCGCUGCACAGACCCUGGGCAGCCGGCUCAAAAGACCAGUCCAAAUCUCGGUUGGAGAUGCGCGAUACAGCUCGCACUAAGAUGCAAGACGCCGCCGCUGGCAUUACACACAUCAUUCAAGGCCUCAACCAGCUUAACCUCACACGUUUCCUCCCCCAAUCUGGCGUGACAGUAAUUCUCCCAGCCGCAGUCGCCCACCUGUCAAACUCGAUGUCCGACAAUCCUGCCGUCCGCGAAAGCAGCAUCUCCAACUUCCAUCGCUGCAUUCAAGUCCUCCACUGCCUGAAAGACAUCUACCCAGCCGCCAACAUCGAAUUCGCCAACCUCGAAGCCGCCACCAAAGCCCAGUCCGCCAACUGCAACUCCAACACAUUCUUCCAAAUUAUGCAAUAUAACUUUGCACCACCCACACCACCCACACCACUCACAAACAUCAACACUCGAAACAAAAGCUCAGACUCUAUGAUCUCACCCCGCCCCGGGGCGGAAUCCCAUUCCACAACCUCCAUCACGGAGUACCAAGAUCACCGCAAACAAAGCACCUAUGAAAGCCCCUCGAACACAAACCCAUCUCGCCGCCCCUUCCCAAACGACUUCGACGACCACUUCGCCGAAACCACAUCCGCCGAAAACCCAUUCAACUUCUUCACCUUCGACUUUGACACUUUCCCGAACAUUUCCAGUACCCCGGAACCAGCCCUCUCGCCCUCAAAUGACAUAGAUAGCAUUGACUGGACACAAGCCUUGUUCCGAGGACAUCUCCCUGAGCUCGAUAAGGAUUCCCCCUUCGAGACGAAACAAAGCUCGCAGCAGGAACAGGAGCAAGAGCAGGAUCCCUUUGAUUUUGCCUUGAAGGAUGAUGACAAUGGAAUGGGGCAUACUACGGCGCAUCAUGAUAUCACGGGUGACUUGGAUCGAGAUUUGGGAUUUCAGACUGGGGAUGAAAUGUUCUAA